AACUUCUCAUGAAAUUGUUGAAUUUGUGGCUAACAAUGCAGGGACAAAAAUACGCCGCCUUUCUCUUAGAAUAUUCAAAUAUUUAACGAGAAGGACGCGCAUUUGUAUAAAAGACGCCGGCGGAUCCGAUGUGGAUUUAGUCUUUUCUCAACAUGCACAGGAGAGAAGGGUGUUUGUUUUUUCUGUUACUGGCCGCGGCUGUAAAUUUCAACGACGCUUUUUCACUGGCCAGGGACAAGCGACAAUUGCAUACCUUACCAGAAUCAGAAACGUUUCCCUGGUUGUGCGAGAAAAAGUGCCAAAAUAACGGCGCUUGUGUCGGGCCCAACAAGUGUGUCUGCCUCGACGAUCAAUACGGAGGCGACCAAUGUCAAAUCCCAAUCAACGAUUGUGAGCAAAACCCGACUCCGAAAAAUGCCAAAAUUCUUGUAUGCCUCAUUAGACAUUGCGAGUUUGAAUGCGAUCCUGGCUACGCUUUUUCCGAAGGCCGGAACUUCAGUAAUUUUUACUGCGAGCAAAACAAGUGGAUUGACAACUUCACCGACGAAGAGUGGACUUAUUUUCCCAAUUGCGAAAGGUUAGAAAAUGAAGAGGAAGCGGCGACGACUCCAAAACCCGCCCGCGCAGUUUCGACCCGCAAGUGUGGAUAAACAGAAAAUAAACUUUUCACUUUGUCUCCAUCCAGUGUUUGUUUUGCCAAAACCAAAAUUGUCACUCUAAAUUUGAAACAAAAUGAAUUUGCACAAAAACGAAAUGAUUUUAAAUCAUAUCAGUAGAAGUUAUUAACGGAAUUUUCAAAUUGUGGUACCACAGUGUGGGAGAAA